GCCUCCUCCUUCACCGCAUCAGAUUCUCUUAUUGAUCCCAAUCAAUCCAAAUGCUGCUUAUUUAAGUCCUCUACCAUGCGCAUUCCCAAGAAGCCCGUCUCGCUCUGCCUCUCCUUGUUCUCUGCUCCUGAAUUCCUCUCCUCCCGGAUUCGCUUCGCUUCGUCGGCCCUUCUCUCUCAACCGGAUCGCUCUCACUCUCCCGGAAAGCGCAAAGGAAUCCACACAGUAGGUGUAUCCUGGAGCGUAGCUUGGAGAAUUGUUAGAGUCGGAACUUAAGCGUGAUCAGCACCAUUGCAGGAGGUAAUCAUUUGCAAGUGAGCUAUUCCAUGGAGAAGAGCCACGAGACUGUUGUAGGUGACAGCAACAACUCAUCGGGUCUUCUGCGUAUGGGUUGUUACAAUGGUGGUCAAGAACCGUGUGUGUGGUCAUCUCCUGGAGGAGGGUGUAAACUUGAUCUAGGGAAGCAGAUCUUCUGCAACCGAUCGUUAAAUAUGAAGAAUAUUGUUGCAGUGGGGUUUGAUAUGGAUUACACAUUGGCACAAUACAAGCCAGAAACCUUUGAAUCUCUUGCAUAUGAAGGCACUGUCAGGAAAUUGGUAUUUGAUUUAGGAUACCCACGCGAGUUGCUGGACUGGACAUUUGAUUGGAAGUACAUGGUGAGAGGCUUGGUUCUUGAUAAGAAGAGAGGCAACAUCUUGAAGAUGGAUCGGCAUAAGUAUGUAAAGGUAGCCUACCAUGGAUUCAAGGAGUUGUCCAAGGAAGAUAAAGUUGGUAUCUAUGGGAAUACAUUACUAAGGGAUUCCUUUGAUGAGCCUGAUUAUGCUCUCAUUGACACCCUCUUUUCUCUAGCUGAAGCCUACUUGUUUGCCCAAUUGGUUGACUUUAAAGACAACAAUCCUGGAAAAGUUCCCAAGGGUGUCGAUUAUGCUGUUAUCUACAAAGAUGUUCGAGCUGCAGUUGAUUUGUGCCACCGUGAUGGAACUCUAAAGCAAAUGGUUGCAAAAGAUCCUAGCAGGUAUAUAAUUGAAGAUACUUCCAUUGUUCCUAUGCUCAAAAUGCUUAGAGAUUCUGGCCGAUCUACAUUCUUGGUAACAAACAGUUUAUGGGACUAUACAAACAUUGUAAUGAAUUACCUCUGUGAGUCACGUACAUCGGAUGGUAGUAGAAAAUGCAAUUUCGACUGGCUUCAAUACUUUGACGUUGUCAUCACUGGCAGUGCAAAGCCAGGGUUCUUCCAUGAUGGCAAUCGUGCAAUUCUGUUUGAAGUUGAACAUGAGUCUGGGAUGCUAAUUAAUACAGAUAAUGGCUCUCCUAUGGCCCAGGUUGGAAGUUCUUCACCAGCAUUCACAUCGAAGGGAACAGAUAAGGCUUGCAGAGUUUUCCAGGGAGGCAGUGUUGGCCAUCUUCAUAAACUGCUUUCAAUUGAGUCAAGUGCACAGGUUCUCUAUGUUGGGGAUCAUAUAUAUGGUGAUAUUUUGCGGAGCAAAAAGGUUCUUGGGUGGAGAACAAUGCUUGUUGUUCCAGAGCUUGAGAGGGAGGUUGAACUCCUGUGGGAAUUAAGAGAUACCCGCAAGCGACUUCGAUUGUUGAGGAAUGAACGUGAUCUCAUUGAGGACAAAUUACAUCAUUUGAAGUGGUCUCUGAAGUUCGAAGAUAUCAGUGCUGAGGAGAAGCAAAAGUUAUCUGCUGAAUACAAAACUCUGGAGUCUGAAAGGGAUCAAGUGAGGUUCAGUCAUCAAGAUGCGCAACGUAAAUGCCACCAAAAGUUUCACGAGACUUGGGGACAACUUAUGAAGACUGGUUAUCAGAACUCUCGCUUUGCUCAUCAGGUCGAGAGAUUUGCCUGCCUUUAUACUAGCCAAGUUUCGAACUUGAGCCUGUACUCUCCAGACAAAUAUUACAGACCCAGUGAAGAUUACAUGCCACAUGAAUUCGAUAUUAUUCCCUUGUGAAGAAAUGAGGCAUCCUAAGAAAAGGGGCAUAGCAGAAACCAUAAAAUGGAGCUUCACCUAAGCUUUUGUUUUGCUCCAAUAGUGUAUCUGUAAAAAUGAAUUGCUUAAGCGCAUGCUUUCUGUAGAUCAGUUCCUUGUGUGUUACAUCCAAUGUCAGUAUUUACUGUAUUAUUUAGCAAGGACUGGGUUUAGGAGGUGCAGAUGACCAAUUCGAAAUGAAAAGUGAACAGGGGCUUGCGAAAAAUAGAAUGAGAUGAAUAAAAGAAGUACCAAGCGUACUAGAGUAUA